AUGCUUUGGCAUGCUUGGCACAUGGUAGCACAUGGAUUCGAUGGAUCCGAUGGAUCAGUCACGGAAUUGAUUCGUCAGGGGAUUAACGUGUCGAGCUAUCGCCUUGAAUCGGACAGUGUGCGAGGGACAAGAUCGGCGCGCCGUGUUUCGGUGAAAAUUCAUCACUUUGGUGUCGAUUGCGGGUGGUGAAGCCAGCCCUUAUCGCGGUGUUUAUAAGAACGGAUUGUGCGUUUGCGCAGACGUAUUACGAUCCGAACUACGCGUGGAUACGCGUUCCAACGUGGUCCCUCAAACUUGAUUUCGGCUACGUCCUGAAUAAAAAAAACACUCGUGUAUCCGUGCGAGCGAUUUGAUGCUUGAUAUUGGAUAAUGGCACUGAUGCGGGGAUUACGAUCGUCUUUUGUCUUAGGAACGAAUUACGCAUACACGUACGUGUCUAGUCAAGUUGUCCCCGCGAGAACUGUGUCUCUCGUGCGACCGCUUUUUAAGAAUAAAGAGAUUACUGUAACAUUUAUUAAAGCCAAUGGAGAAAGGAUAAAAGCAAAAGGAGAAAUUGGAAACAAUAUUUUAGAUAUUGUUGUGAACAAUGACCUUGAGUUGGAUGGUUAUGGAGCUUGUGAAGGAACACUAACGUGCAGCACUUGUCAUUUAAUUUUUCCUAAGGAUGUGUUUGAUAAUCUUCCAGAUAAACCUACAGAAGAAGAAAUUGAUAUGCUGGAUUUGGCACAAGAGCGAGCACCAACUUCGAGAUUGGGCUGUCAGAUAAUCAUGACUGAGGAACUCGACGGCAUUGAAGUAAGAGUACCAGCUACCAUUAAUGAUGCAAGACAAACAUAAUAUAAUUCAGGGUUACUAUAGACCUGAAAAACCAGGAAAAAUUAAGGAAAUUGAAAUUGAUCAUGGAAAACCAGGAAAAGUCAGGAGAAAGUGUAAAAAAGUCUAGAAUUUCGAAAUAGCUUACAAUUUCCUUAAACUGCUCCUACUCCAAACAAUUGUUACAAUUUUUCAAAAAUUAUACCUGACGUAUCAUUAGACCUUGUUAAAGGUGUUUAGAUAAUUUUAGGCGUUUUAUAUCGGCUCUUUUAAUGCAAUUCAAUCUAAUUCUUUCCAAUAUAAUGCAACAUGUUAUGUAUAUGUAUAA